GAAUGUGCUGUGGUUCGAAAGCAUCCGGUUAAAAGUGAUAAUGAUGAUGAAAUAUUAACAUAACAAUUCGACGUUUUAGCCCUUAGGCUUCCCGGGGCUGGACUGAACAAACUGGACAAAAUGGGGAAAGGCGGUGAUAGCGCAGACGCAGAAGAGAAUCCUGGUUCCAACACCAGCGGUACAGACCUGCUGGAGCGGCCUCGCUUCGCGCCCUUCUUGUCAGACAACUUCAACGUCGCGGAGUUUACUUCUAAGGUUCUUGGUGGCUCGCAUACUACGGCUUCUGCCCAAACAGAACAGCUGCGCGAGGGCGUGAACCAGUUGGAAACCGCAUUAUCCGAUGAGGUGGUCUCGCGCAAUAAAGAGCUCCUCCACCAUGUCCGGCGCAUGCUGGACGCGGAGAACUCCGUCCGCGAUGUCGUCCUAUCCGUGGAUUCCCUCCAAAGCGCUGUCCGGCGGAUCCGUGCUGAAGUAAUGGGACCCUAUGAGCAGAUCAAGCACAAGACACAACAGCUUCGCAAUAUCCACGCGACCGUGGACAUCCUGCGGCACGUAAUUCACCGCCUAAAGCUGGCUCAGAAGCUUCGAGCGCAGCUGGCGGGUCCGCCUGCUCAGGUGGACCUGGCCAAAGCUGCCAAGCUGAUUACCGACAUCCGGCACGUUGACCGCGAGGUUGACUUGUCAGGGAUUGAGGCGGUGGCUGCAGACGCGGAGUUUCUGGAGUCAGCUCGCAAGUCGGUGCACGAGCAGGCGGAGGCUGCCCUUGUGGAGGGUGUGGAGGCUCUGAGUCAGGCGCGGGUGGGCUCCGCGCUGCAGGUGCUCUUCAACCUGGAGGAGCUGCAGCAGGCCGUCUCCUCCCUGCUGUCGCGCUACCUGCACGACAUCGAGCGCUCCCUGCGUGCGGCGCUGGACAGCCGCCACCUCGCCGCGCAGGCAGCCGCAGCGGCAGCUGGAGCAGCAGCAGCAGGCGGCGGCGCGGCAGCAGCAGUGGGAGGGGCCGGCAUGGGGUCGGGGGGCGCGCAUGCAGGGGGCCAUGCGGGCGGCGGCGCGGCGGCUCAGGAGCGCAUGUGGCAGUCGCUGCGGGAGGUGUUGGAGCUGGUGUGCAGCGCCACCACCGCGGUGUGGCACCUGCAGCGGGUGGUGGCGAAGAAGCGCGACCCGCUGAGCCACGUGUGCUUCCUGGAUGAGCUGGUGGGGCCGGGGGAGCCGCUGCUGGUGGCGCGGUUCUGGUCGGACCUGGUGCGUGUCACCGCGGACGCCUUCGCCUCCGUGUCCAGGCCGGGCAAGGGCGGCUUCGUGCGCGACUGCCUGACCGCCGCCUACCCGCGGCUGGCGGGCUACGUGGAGGCCAUGUUUGAGCGGCUCACAGCGGAGACAACCAUCAAGGGUGUGCUGCCCGCAGUGGGUCUUCCUCAGCUGCAGCAGCUGCUGGCCGCCACGGGGCCCUUCCAGUCGGCCUACAUGGCGGGCUGCCUGGCGCGGCUGACGGAUGCGGUGGCGGCGGCAUUCCCGGGCAGUGCACGGCAGCUGCCCUCGGCCACGGAGGUGCAGCGGUGCAUAGGCCUCAUCCACGAGGAGCUCAAGACCGGCUCCUCCAGCCCCCAGCUGGCCGCCAUGAUGGCUGCAACUGCCGCCAAGGCCCUCAACCUGCUGGCGGAGCGGGCAGAGUACUCGGCAGCAUCGGGCCCGGAGCUAAGGCAGCUCACACCCAACCCGCUAGAGGCGCUGCAGCAGCAGCAACAACAGCGGGGAGGCGGGGCCUCCGCCAUGGGGGUGGUUCCCAACGUGGCGCAGUUGAGGAACAUCGCGCUGUGCUCACACCUGCAGGAAACGCACCGCUCGUUGUCUGCGCUGCUGGCCCGGCUGCCAGCGACGGCGGCGCCGGCGCUAGGCGGUGCGCUUGCAGCCGUACAAGCGACGGCGGUGGAUGCUGUCGGGCCCAUUUUUAAGGCCGUGGUUGAGGCAUGCGAGGAGCGCUUGCUGCGCAUGCACGAGUGGCCGGGUUACAGCCGCAACCGCAGCGGCGGUGGCGAGCUGGAGGAGGCUGGCGCGCCAGGUGGUGGUGAGGUGACGUCCACCUCCCCGCAUGUGUCGGAGGUGGCGGCGCUGCUCGCGGACUUCAGGGCGGAGUUCCUGUCGCGGUUUGUGCCGCCGCCCUCGCCCGCAGUGCCCUCGUGUGCGGCGGCCCUAGUGGAGCGCAUGGCGUGUCGGCUGCUGGUGUUUUUCGUACGGCAUGCUGCGCUGCUGCGGCCGCUGUCGCAGGCGGGGAAACUGCUGGUGGCCAAGGACCUUGCGGAGCUGCAGGCGGCUGUGGGGCAGCACCUGCACCCCCUGGAGCAGCUGGGGCAGCCCUACCGCGCAGUCAAGGCCUUCCGCUCGCUGCUCUUCACGCCGGCAGCCGCGGUGGCAGCCAACCCGCUGCUUGGGGAGCUGCCGCCCGCCAUCACACUGCAUCACAUUUUCUCAAGGCUGCCCGCCGCCAUCCAGGCCCCUCACGAGCGCUCCGGCCUCACCGCGCUGCAGUACUCCCUCUGGCUGGACGGGCACACGGGGGAGGAGUGCGUGCGCAGCAUCGGGACGGCGCUGGCGGCCACAUCAGCGGAGGCGCUGGCGGCGGCGGCGGUGGACGAGGAGGCGGCGGAGGCGCUGGCGUUGAUGCGGCGCAUUUGUACGGCGGGCGAUGGAGCGACGGUGGUGGCGACGGCAGCGGACGGGGCUGCUUCAUGAUGGGGAGUAGGGAAUGUGUAGAAAAGCGCGGAGGGUGGUAGAGGUGCGCUUGUCUGUAACUCUAUGCGUGCAUGCGGACGACAUGGGGAGCACAGCUGGUGUGGCGCGGAGCCCAAGCGGCGUUACCGGCAUUGGCCGUGGUUCAGGGUGCGUGCUUUACAGGGGCUCCUUAGGCCUCUGCCAAACUCGGGUCUUGCAGCUGAAGCAGUUGGCCCGGCUGUCAGCAUGUGUCUCCUGGAUGGCAAGAGUUCAUGACAGCUUGAUGCGUCGCAGUACAUGCUAUGUACAUGUCUUUCUGGUGUAUCAGAACAGCUCUGCCCGGCGAGCAUCUCUAGGCUGAGGACUUUGCCGCCCAGAGGGCAGGUUUGGGUAACGUACCGGUAGCUAGGGGACGUAGGGCGUAGGGCGUACGUUGCUGCGAUAGCGAUUGUCGGUACAAUGGGUCUGUCUGCGCAACGCAACACAGCGCCGUCACAGGUCAGAAACAUUCCGUU